AUGGAUAGAUUCAUCGGCAAGGUCGUCGACAAGGUCAUUGGUGACGAUGAUGAUGACGCCAAGAAGCAGCAGAGCCAGGGCGGACACCAACAGCAACAGCAGUACUCUGGCGGACAAUUCCCGUCUGGCGGCGGUGACUUCGCACACGGCGGCGCCUAUCCUGCUGGCGGCGGCUAUGCCUACGAACAGGACGAUGACUUCCGUGGCGCGGCCAACCACGCGGCCAACCACGCCGAGGAGGACGAGAGCUUCUUCUCUAGCAUCUUGAACAGCCUCAGCUCCAAGAAGCAGCAGGUUGCCCAGGAGGAUAUCGAUGAGGAUGAAGCAGUCCGCGCCCACAAAACCUUCUACUCCUCCUCCGCCUUCUCCCCCAGCUCCGAGACGCCCGAGGCGACGUCAAGCGGCAUGGGCAGCGCCGCGGCCCUGCAGGCGCUCAAGCUGUUCACCAGCGGCUCCUUCUCGUCAUCGCAGUCACAGUCGCAGAGCGCAUUCAUUGGCCUGGCCAUGUCGCAGGCCUCCAAGCUGUUCGACCAGCAGGCGUCGGCCGGUAAAGUGUCGGAUAGCACAGACAAGCAGAGUGUGGUGAUGAAGGCGGGCGAGAUGGCGCUCAAAAUGUACCUCAAGAGCCAGGGCUCCGGUUCCCAGCAAACGUCAUCGCACACGCAGACGCAGGAGAGUUCGAGCGGGCUGGGCGGUCUCUUGAGCAUUGCUGACAAGUAUUUGAACAAGUGA